AUGCACCCCAUCGCCACCACAACAAUCUUUUCUGCUUUCUUACUCUCCUCUGCCCUCGCUCAAAACGGGGCCGAGGUUAUAACAUUCUACGAACCCAAACUCCCCACGAUGCAAGGCUUUCCGCGAGGCUUUUGGCAAACACGCGGCGCCUCAGCUCUCUCGGUUGAUUCCGAGGGGUACACGCACUACGUCGCGUCGCAGGUUCAAACGCUCGGUGUUGGUCCGAUGGGAACCUACCUCUCCACUCCUACUGCCAUCACUUAUACAUUCAAAGCAGACGCAUCGCACUACCAUGCCGUCGAUGUCCUCCGCGACGUCCAGCCGACUAACGAGGCAGGAGACUACGGGCUCGUCACUGUUGAAGGCGGAAAAGAGAUUUUCGAUUGUGUCUACAACAACUCUGGCGGAAGGCAGGAAUCCGGCGAUCAGGAUUCCAUCAGCGACUCUGAAGAGUCCAUCUCAGGCACCUCUUCCUCACCGGAUUCAGUAGAGCUCGACGAGAAUACAAUCGUCUGCUCAGACAUCCAAGAAGGUCCGUACGGUAGCACGGGCGUUCGCACCUUGCAAAUGACGAUCACAGCUGAGAAAGUGCCCAUGUUUACCGUUACAGCUUUGAGCGCUAAAGAUGGAUCCGGAACUGAUAGCGAGGGAACAAGCGACUCGAACGACGGUGUCGGUGCAGACGACGACUCUGGUGCAAUGUUACCGCUGAAGCUGGGUGUCUCCCUCGUUUGGCUGGGUAUUACUGGUGGGAUGUCGGUGUGGCUCUAG